AAAGUCUGGCACUCAUCCCUCUCCAGAAAAGAGAAGCUCUCCGCCCAUUUCCCGCCUCCACCAAGUCUCAUAUCUUUCUCAGAAGGAACUGAAAGGUUGGGUUUAAAGACGGACAUUUACUGUCUUUUCACAAACUGUGACAGCGGGACUGACUCCAGGCGGUUUCGUUAUCAACGGGAAUAAUUUAUAAAAAAACGUUUUUUUGUUUCCUUUUACCCUCGAAACUAAACCAACACUCAAAAAGGAAAACCGGGAUGUGUCAAAGUCGGGACGUCUUGUUUUUAAGCUGCCUCUUUUUAACGGUCCUGUCCCAAGACGGACACACGUUAUUACCACAAAAUGUGUCCCUACGCUGGAUUCAUGACUUCCAGCAGCAGUUGAUCUGGGCACCACCACAGCACUCGAUGGAAAAAUGCAAAUAUGAAGGUUAUGCAAAAUUAAAGAACACAGAAAAUGACAAGGAAAAAUCUGAUAUGACGUCCCCCUGGCAGCUGGAUUUCGUGAUGGAAGGGGGGUUUCUGGAAAUGUCUGUAAAAAGUGUCUGUGGUGACAAAACCAGUGAGCCGGUGGUCAGGAAUGUCACCUACCCAGAGCUGGUGAGGGACUUGCAGUGCUACGUAACAUCCAGCACACAAACUCACUGCAUCUGGAAGAAUACCAUUCACACUCCCUCGGAUAUGGGGUUCUUCUAUCACUUAACCACGGCUUUCAAGAAAAAUGAUUCCAGCCCGCCCACCUACGACAUUAGAGAGUGCCCAUCGUACAAUAUCACCGGCGACCUCAGGACCGGCUGUGAUCUGAAGGCCGACGUCCAAAAUAACAUGCUCAUUGCGUUUAACGGGACGCUGAACAAGAAGCCUGUGAGGAACACCUUCAGGGUAGUGCUCAUUGCCGAUGUGAGACCUCCUGCCCUUCAGUGGACUGUCACCAAAAAAAGGGACUCAUUCCAAAUCAGCUGGACUAAGCCCAACAUCAGUAUGUCUUGGGAAUACACAAUCAGAUACACUGAAUGCACUGAGACAAAGACGUUACAGGUUAAAGACAACGCAACAUCGACUACGUUGCCAAUUGUCUCUCACUGUCCGUACAAAAUUGCCAUUCAAGCAAAAAGCUUGGGAGGAGAGACACCAUGGACUGACGACAAGGAUUUUGCUGCAGACACAGACCCCAAUGCGUGGGUGUAUGCGGCCGUUAUCAUCCCGCUGCUGAUCGCUUUCCUGGCAGGCCUGGCCAUCCUGUGUUGCAGGGAGAAUUGGAAAAUCCUCUUCCCCAAAAUCCCAAUACCUCGUGACCUCAUCAGCGGAAUUUCUAACAACAACAACAACAACAACAAGAGCAUGGGCCCCCCCCUGUACGUCCCCGCAGAGAAGGAGGACAACUUUAACAUCACUCUGGUGACAGACCCCCAAAUCAGCAAACCGGACAUCUGAUCGGCCCCAUUCUAAUUUUCUGUCUCAACAAGACAAUGUGAAGACGUGAAUGUUACACUCAUGAAUCCAGGAGAUUCUUUAGCCCACGUGCAUCAAGGGAGAUCUCAGAUCAAACUUCCAUUGAACAUGAAAUUUUGGCAGCUAUGCAUUCCUUUUAAACGCACACCAGCAGUAUGAUUUAGUUUUGACUUAUGGGAGAGUGUGUUUGUCUGUUUCUUAGCAGGUUUACAAAUAAAUGACUGUUACAGAUUUACGUGAAACUCUGUUCAAGAGCAUGUACCAAGCAAUGACCUCUUCAGUUCCAUAGCAGAAUGGAAUCACAGGUUGGAGGCAGGCAUUAUUUUUCCUUAUUAUUUGUCUUUUGUUGCUCUAAAUGUCUUCGCUGCACUACUUUGGUGGAAUCAAUACAUUAAUGUGUCCUUAUUUGAAGCAAUAUAGUAAAAGUGAUGAAUAGUUUUAGCAGUUUCCGGGCAUUAUAUUUGAAAUGAGCUUGUCCCAGAUUGUAUGAGGAGGUGUGGAGUUUCUGCUUUUCUCUGUUGUAUAUAAAUAUUGUGUGUUUUUAAUUGAUUUUGCUUCAUAGAUACAGUUAUAUCAAAUGUUUAUGGAUAUGUGUGCAGAAGUCGGGGGAGGAUGAAGACUAUCACUGUGAUAUAAAUGAAUCCCUUGUGUGAAAAUACUGAUGAAUAUUGGGGCUGUACAUUUUGAAAGAGCCAAUCAGGAAGGAUGGAUGUAAUUUUUAAUAAAUGUUUUGAGUUUC